AUGUCCUUGCUGUCUCCGGGGGACGAGGCUGAACCUGAGCGCUUCGAUGGUCUUUCUCUCCUGUACUGGACUAUCAUGGGCCCUCAUGGGAUCAAUCGAGCUGUCCACCGCAUUUCUUUUUCUGAUUGCCAGGAUGGAUUAGGAGUUAAAAUCAUUGGAGGCUACAGAGCACAGACAGCAGAAGACUAUGGGAUUUUCAUCAAGAGAGUUCUGCCUGGAGGGGUUGCUGCUGUAGACAGCCGAUUGCUGGCUGGGGACCUGAUCUUGGAUGUCAAUGGAGAAAACUUGGUUGGAGUCACCAAUGAGAGGGCCGUUGACAUCCUGCGCAGCGCAUCGGCAUCCAACCACAUGUCUUUGCUGGUUGCUAGAGAUGAAGAAGCCAAGAAAGAAUUCCAUGACCUGAUGGAUAAGUAUGGCUCUCACAGUGACACCAACUCUGCAAGGAGUUCUCCAACACCAGCUGCAAAGCCUGUAGACAAUCCUUCUUCUGGCUCCUCCUCAAGGUCCCAGAGUCCUCAGUUUCAUCCAAAGGACAAUGUCUCCACCAGCUGCAGAAAUAAUUCCAUCCCAGCGCCGUCCCCAAAUCUUGCAAAGGACAGUGCCUUUCAGAUCAUCUUUGUCUGCAGAGGAACAAGCCUGGGCUUGAGCAUUGUAGGAGGGAUUAACAGAAAUGAGGGGCCCUUGGUGUAUGUCCAAGAAGUGAUCCCUGGUGGGGAUUGUCACAAGGAUGGAAGACUGCAGCCUGGAGAUCAACUGGUAUCCAUAAACAAAGAGUCAAUGAUUGGGGUCUCCUAUGAAGAGGCCAAAAGUAUCAUCAACAGGACAAGGAUGAGGCUGGAAAGUUUCUGGGAGAUAGCUUUUAUCAAGCAAAAAGCCAUUCCCAGUUACCCAGAGAACCUGCAGCCUCCUUCCAGCCUCUUAACAUCUCCUGUAGCCCUGGGAGAGCAGCAGGCUGCAGCACUUGGUUCUCCCCCAUCUCCUCAUGGCAAGCUUGCUUCCACCUUCACUCCAGAUGCUAUGGAAAGUGGAGUCAAGAUGGGAGAGCCAUCUCCACUUGCUCCUCGAGACAGCAGUCCUGCUGAUGUGUCUGCCCCUGUUCUUGCCCCCAGCCAGAAUGAUGAUGAUGAGCUGCAAGGGAGGAACUCCACUCUUCAUCUCAAGACAGAAAAGCUGGAGAGGGCAUUGAAUUAUCUUGGGAUUCAGCCCACAAAUGAGCAGCAGCAAGCCCUGAGGCAGCGACUUCAGAACAAUUCUACAGGAACAGUGUCUUUUGGAGAUUUCAAUGAGGUUUCAAGGAAUCUGUUCUCUAUGCAACUGAAUGCAGCAGAGGAUCACCAAAAACCAUCUGGGGCCAAUGACUCUGGCAGCUUGCUGGACUCACAGUUUGCAACCUGUGGUUCUUUGGAGGAAGAAAUGGAAGGACUUAAGAAAGAAAGAAAUGAAGCCUUGAAAGAAAUUAGUGAAUUAAAGGAAAAAUUGUCUGAAUCUGUGAAUUUACAGGAGCAGUUAACAGAGGAGCUACAAAUGGUCAAGCAGGAAGCCAAGGCAGCUGUGGAGGAGACAAGAGCCCUGAGGAGCAGGAUUCACCUCGCAGAAGCUGCCCAGAGGCAGGCUCGUGGCAUGGAGCUGGACUAUGAAGAAGUGAUUGGGCUGCUGGAAGCUGAAAUUGUGGAGCUGAAGGCUCAGCUCUCCAAGCAGUGUGGCCACAACAAAGACAGCAUCCAGGACCUGAGGAAGAGAGUGACAGUGCUGGACUGCCAGCUGCGGAAAUCGGACUCGGCCAGGAAGACCUUCGAGGUGGCUGCUGAAAAGCUGCUCCAGUUCGUAGAGGUUGUGCAUGAAGUACUUUCAGACACCUCUCCUCCCUCAACUCUUUUAAGUGACAGGAGAAGCACCCUGCCUGCUAGAGCCCUGCUGGCACGGCUGGGGAGGGCUGGACCCACUCUCACAGCAGCUCUUGCAGCAGAAGCCAGAGACCUUGCCAAGUCUGUCCGUGCCAUCCUGGAAGUGGACUGUCUGCCUUAUGGAUGGGAAGAAGCCUACACAGCAGAUGGAAUCAAGUAUUUUAUCAACCACGUGACGCAGACAACCUCCUGGAUCCAUCCUGUCAGCAGCGCCCUGAGCUUCCUCUGCUCUGAGGAAGAGGAGGAUGCAACCAGAGAGCUUCCUGGGGCCAAGAGCUGA